AUGCUCUAUGCUGGAGCUCAUCUCACCCGAAGGCUGGAUCACCAUGGAUGGAUACGAGUUUGCUCCCAACACAUAGCCGUCGGGACAACAGUGAACCGAGGAGAGGAUCUGGCGAUCAAGGGUGUCGUUUACAUCUUCGAGAUCGUGGAAGUUGUUCCUGACCUAAGCUCUAGCCAUAAGCGCUGGUAUAAGCUGAAGCUUCGGUGUAGAGAUGAUGCGAAGGGUCCCGUCACAGCGCUUUGUGGGAUGGAUGGCUAUCUUGUCUCCUCGAUGGGGCAGAAGAUAUUUGUCAGGGCAUUCGACUUGGAUGAACGGCUUGUCGGUGUCGCCUUCUUGGACGUCGGUGUCUAUGUCACAUCCCUUCGCACCAUCAAGAACUUAGGCUUACUGCUCUGUGCUUUGCGUUUGAUCUUUCCUGCGGGUUUUAUCGUUGGACGCGAACCUACCGCACGGCACAGUCUGAUAUUCGUGCGUAUGAUGCUGACUCCGCGGCCGAGUUUUUUGGUGCAAUCGCAAUCGCAGUCCCACUGGCGGUAG